CAUACUCUUAACAUGAAACAACUAACUUCUUAUCCUCUGUCCCUCCCCUGCAUUUUGAACAGAGUAUUCCUUUUGCUUACAACAAUGCCAUCAUCCUCUAUUCUCUUCACUUUUCUUGUACUAUCCCUCACAAUUCUUUGUUCUAAUGCUCAGGGUCCACCUUCACCUGGCUACUACCCUAGCUCCAAAAUUAGUCCAAUUACCUUUAGCCAAGGCUUUAGAAACCUUUGGGGACCUCAACAUCAAAGAUUAGACCAAAACUCAUUAACAAUAUGGCUUGACUCUAACUCAGGUAGUGGAUUCAAGUCACUUCACUCCUAUAAAUCCGGAUACUUUGGUGCUGCAAUUAAGCUUCAACCUGGAUACACUGCUGGAGUUAUUACUUCUCUUUAUCUAUCAAAUAAUCAAGACCACCCAGGAAACCAUGAUGAAAUUGACAUUGAGUUUCUUGGCACUACACCAGGUAAGCCAUAUGUGUUGCAAACAAAUGUAUAUAUGAGAGGAAGUGGAGAUGGGAACAUUAUAGGAAGAGAGGUGCAGUUUCAUCUUUGGUUUGACCCAACUCAAAAUUUUCACAACUAUGCUAUUCUAUGGAAACCCAGUGAGAUAAUAUUCUUAGUGGAUGAUGUUCCCAUAAGAAGGUAUCCUAGGAAAAUUGAUGCCACCUACCCUUCAAGGCCAAUGUACUUGUACGGAUCAAUUUGGGAUGCAUCAUCUUGGGCAACAGAAGGUGGAAAAUACAAAGCAGAUUAUAAAUACCAACCCUUUGUUGGAAGCUACACAAACUUCAAAUUACAAGGUUGUACCGUUGAAAGCCCUGUCUCAUGUCAAUCACCCUCUGUCUCUGCUGGGUAUGGUAGCCUUAGCCCUCAACAAUAUAGGGCAAUGCAAUGGGUCCAAAACAAUUACAUGGUCUACAAUUAUUGUCACGAUCCUAGAAGAAACCACAAUCUUAUUCCCGAAUGCUAAAGCUAUUGAAUUCAAAUUUCGGGCAAGUCAGGACGAGUCUGCAUUUAUAAAGUUAGAAUAUCAGAAACUAUUUGAUGUCUGAACGGUAUAAAUGCAGAAUCUCCUGACUAUAUAUAUUUCAAUACAUAUUCUCGUAGAAAGAAGUGAUAAAAAUGUGUGUUAAAAGUAUAGUGUGAAUGUUUUGAAGGGUGGUAUUUUGUGAUGGUUGAAACAUCCAAACUAUCCUAUGAUUGUAAUGUUUUUGUUGUUUUUGUGUAUUGGUGUUGUGCUAUUGUUUGGUUUCAAUAUAUGUAUUCUUGGUGAAAUAAUUUGAUUUGGAUGAUAUCCUAAUCUUAAAUGUAUAAAUAUAUACGUGUGCGGGUGUGAAAAGAAAGAAAGGACAUGAUGUAUUAUAUGAAAAUCUUUUUGGUAUAAAUUUGGACUUUUGUAGCUUA